CCAUUGGUUGAAUUUGAUAUACACAUUCAGACGCACUUACCCCUGGAGGCAUCCCCAAAGUGUCACCACCACAGUUCCCUCAAAAGGGAACUGUAACAUUGUAUCUUAAAAGGUAACAAGGCUCUCACUUGAAAUGUGUCCCCACAUUUUGUCCUUGAAUUUGAGGGUAUUGGACCUGGAAAGUCCUUGAAAGAUCCUUAAAUUUGAAGUUAACUAAGGUGUGGGAACCCUGUAGAUGGGAAACUAAAAAGCAUUUUGAUAUUACAACGUAAGCAUUUUCUAACAAACCCAAAAAUUGUUUUACUGGACUAAGCUGUGAGUGUCAUUUGUUCAGCAGUAAAACUACAACUCUACUUCCUUUUACUGCAACAGAUGAAUAUGUGCCUUCCUCCCUCUCUUAAUAAGGCGGGGCACACACUGUUCAUCUGUCAGUAGGAUCAGACAUGUGAGAGAGUGAAGUUUGCUGUUUCUUUUAAUGUGCUAUGCGAAAUGUUUUUGUUUGUAAAUAUUUUAGGGAGAAUGAAGACUGUUCUGAAGAUUCUUUGUCUUUUAAAAGUUUUAUGUGGUGUGUUGGUGAAGUCUGGAAAUGUUUUUGAGGGAACAGUGGGACAGACAGUGGUUAUCAGAUGUCCUUUUCCAGAUCUUCACAUAUUGACACCAAAAUACUUUUGCCGUCAUCCGUGUACUUUAUCUAAGCAUGUUUUGAUUAAAACUGAAAAGAUUGAUGAGAUCGUCUCAGUUGGAAGAUAUUCUGUGAUGAGCACUACCAAUACAAAGACCUUGACUGUAACCAUCAGACAUCUGACACCCAAAGACUCUGGUUUUUAUUACUGUGGACUUGAUCAAUGGUUUUAUGACUCACUAAAGAAAGUACACCUGGUUGUCCAUUCAGGUCCUGUGAAUCCUUCUCUGAACACAACACACAAAUCUGCAGAUCGUUCAGAGCAGUUCAUGAUUCAUUCAACAACAACCCAAUGGUCCACAGAAUCCAUAGUCCUGGUUGAAAGCUAUGCAGUUGAUGGCAGUAUGGUUUGGGUUGGUGUUCUCAUGCUGGUAAUGUUCUUGGUUCUUAUGGCUCCUGUGUGCUUUAACAGAAGAUCAUGUUCAAAGUCCAAAUUUGAAGAUGCAUCACACCUCAACCAGACUGUAGAAGAUGAGGUUCUCUUCUAUGAUAAAACAAUGGCAUUGUAUAGUUUGGUUGAUCCCCCUAAGGGAGAUUUCUCUUUAUUUUGUUCUAAUGUGCAGUACUGUGAUCACGUAGAGCAGACAUGUCAAACUCAAGGCCCGCGGGCCACUUCCGGCCCGCGCUAA